AUGAGAAGUGAAGAAGACACUGGAAAUAUAGGAAUAAAUCUGAGGGACGCAGAAGAGGAAGAAUGCAAUGUAACCAUAAUGGAGAAACGUAAAAAAAAUUGCAAAAUUUUGUCAAGUGAGCAAGAGGACACACAUUCGGGUGAGCGUACAGAACAGCUCCAUCUGAAAGAUAAGGGUGGGAUCCACCAAGUGACGUCGUCACAUUAUCACACUAGGGAGGAAGAAAAAAAGAACCAAAAACGAGGGAAAAAACAGAAUGAUAGUUAUCCUCUCCUCGUAGUAAAAAAUGAGGAGACAAAGCCAACGGAUGAUGUUCGUGAAAGGAACCAAAUGCUCAAAACAGAUGAAGCGAUAAACAAUUCCGAGGAACCAACUCCAAAGGGAUGCCUGCCAAAAGGGGAAAGAAAAUAUCUGCGCGCGUUGAAAAGCAUAAUUAGAACAAGGGAUGGUAGCCACACGCGUGACGCGAACAUGGAUAAGUGCAGAGAAGGGGAUAGAAGCCCCAGAGUUGGAAACGGCAACCGCAGAAGCUACACUUACUUCGCAUACAACCCACGCAGGGAAGAAAUAAUUAAUGUAGAGAUGCACUCGCAUGUCCUAAUGGAUGAGUCGAAUGAUAAUACCGCCGCCAAAUUCCCCUCCAGGGUGGAUAAAAACUCAUGUGUAGAGGCCAACCAGGGAGAGAAGAGCGAAGAAAGCACAAGGAAGAAGAAAUGGAACUUUAGGCGUAGGAUUAUGGGCAAGAUAAAACGCAGAAGGAAGCGGGAUGAUGUGUGUCAGGAGGCGUGCCAGGAGGCCAACCAACCGGCACAACCAGAGACGCACCACCCUGCUACAGCAACCGCCGAGGAGAACAAUUUUGUCAUAUACAAAGUGCCCAGGUACCUGAAAAAAAAAAACAUAAAGUGCCCCUUCGUCUACAGGAAGGUCUUUUUUGGCAAAUACGGAAUAAUAAAUUAUGAUUUGAGGGGAAACAAAAAAGGCACGCUCGUCAUAACAUUUCAUGGACUGAACGGAACCAACUUAACCUUCCUGGACAUACAAAAAACGCUAGUCAAAUAUAAGUACCAGGUUCUCAACUUUGAUCUGUAUGGGCAUGGAUUAUCUGCCUGCCCCAAAUAUAAUCACCGAAAAAAAACCUACGGAAUAAAUUUUUUUUUAACACAGACGGAAGAAUUGCUGACCCAUCUAAAAUUACUACAUAAAGAUUUUUAUCUGAUAGGUUUCUCCAUGGGUUGUGUAAUUGCCAUCAGCUUUGCAAAGAAGUACAUAAAACAGGUGAAGAAAAUUAUUUUGAUAUCCCCUGUUGGCAUUUUGGAGAAAAAGCCCUUUGCCCUGAAGGUUCUGAAGUUGUUCCCCUGCCUGAUCAACAUUUCGUCCUUUUUUAUGUUGCCCUGUUUUAUUUCGAAGAAGAAUUUUAAGAGCGAGCCCAAAGGUCCUUCUAAGAAGGGGUCACCCAGGAGGGGGUCAAAAAGUGCCAACAAAGAGGAUCCUAGAAGUGACCCCAAAAGUGACUCCAGUGAUGCCCCCGGCAAAUCGCCCAACCAGGACCCCCAAGACGACUCCGAUGACGACACGUCCGACUACCUGUACAACCGAAUCAUGUGGCAGGCGUUUGUGAAAAAAAAUAUCACGCACUCAAUACUGGGCUGCAUUAACAACUUAAAGAUGUGGAGCGCCCAUGACAUAUUCAAAGAAGUCGGACUGAAUCAUAUACCCGUUUUGAUUCUCUGUGGAGAGAAAGACAACAUCUGUAGCGUCCACGUUUUUAAGAACACAUCCAAAUUUUUCAUCAAUUGCCAUAUGAUAAUUUUUAAAAAUGCCUCCCACUUAGUUCUGGUCGAGAAGAGCAAAGAAAUUAACUCCUGCGUGGUGACCUUCUUCCACUUCCCCAACAAUGCUGAUUUGAAGACCGUUCAUCAUAUGUUUCCGGUGGACACGUUGGGGAACUCGGUCCUUUGCCAGCGGGGCGACCCAUUGUGA